AUGGAAUACUUACUGGGACGCAUCCGCACAGCCCCGCCAGGUGAAGAUGACAGGCAAUGGGAGUGGGACUGGAAGAAGUACUACCUGCAGCCAGAGAUCCUCUCCACCGACCUACAUAACCGCUUCAAUAGCCAUACGCUGUCAAUAAGACAUCCCGAAGACUUUCACAGGGAAGUUCAGAGCUGUAUCGAGCUUGCUGAGACUGAGGAGGAUUUCAUGGCGAGACUUGAGGAACGAAAAGCCCAACGCGUACAGGAGGUGGUGAGGGCGUGGAGAAGUAUCUGUGCCGUCAUUGAGUCAAACUCGGGGUUGCUGGCCAUCCCGGAAUUGGGCGACGAACAGACUACCGACAAGGAAAAUGUCGACGAAGAGACUAUUGAUCACCAGAAUGCCGACAAAGACGAAGGCCACAAAGGCGGCGAUGACAACCAUCAUGACGAGGGUGACGAUGAGAAUGCAACUUCCCCAAGCUCGUCAACCUUCUAUCUUGACGACAUCUCGACAAUAAUCGAGGAAGGGAGAAGGCGAUGGGCAGAAGAGACCUGCGCCGGAGUGCUACAGAAGAGGAGGAUGCAGCGCCUUGCUGCCUCUGCGGCUUCAGCUCGUACGACUGCUGAGUUGACUGCUCCAGACUCGCUGUUUUGCGCUGGCAUAUGGUAUCCUGACGGAUUGCUGCCCUCAGUUAACCUGCCUCGGAAACAAUCUACAAGCCAGGAUGAAGUCCAGCCCAUAGAGGCUGCUCCAUUAGCGAACACUCCGCCAGAUGAGCCCCAGGAGCAACCUCAAGUCCAUCAUCAACAGGCUUUCAGUGAACAGUGUCCCGGCGCCGCAGAGACAGGGUUUACAGCUCCCACAGAAACGGACAUCUCAAGAGGGGAAGGUUUUGGCUUGGUUGUUUCCACAGAGCCACUGUCGGAAAGACACAGGAUAGACAGUGUUGUAUCCGAAGCAUCUUCCCCAGCGUCUACCCGAGAGCCUAUGGAGCUAGACUCAGGUGAAGAAGAUGGAGAUGUCAUAAUGACAGAUGCCGCCUCGACAGAGCCCGCCACGACACCGCAUCCAAGGCCCAGAAAGUCUAGAACGGCACCUCACGGCUCUCAUCGACAAGACAAGCACGUAGCCAGAGAUGGGAAACUCUUGCGCGGGAAAAGGUCGACGCCACUGCAGCAACAGCAGAACAGGGUCAAGAAGAAGCAGAGUCGCCGACAUCCAUCAAAAGGGACAAAAUCACCCGCUCUUCUCGACCGGCUCCUACGCUCAUCGCGGUCGUCGAGGAGGGACCCUGGGCACGAGUUAUGGUACCUUAACGACGAUGCCACGGCUUGCCCCGUCACGAAAGCAGAGUAA